CAGUCUUUGACUGUAUCUUCAGGACCUGUCUGCAUACUGCAUCUGUGAAUCGUGUGGUGUUUUGCAUGGCUGUUGCAUAGUGAUGUAUAGUCUGAUGGCCAAUUGUUGCAACUGGCUGAAGAGGUGGAGGGAACCUGUUAGGAAGGUGACAUUAAUCAUGGUGGGUCUUGAUAAUGCUGGGAAAACUGCAACCGUGAAAGGAAUCCAAGGAGAAUCCCCCGAGGAUGUGGCUCCAACAGUUGGCUUUUCUAAAAUUGACCUUAAACAAGGACGUUUUGAAGUCACCAUCUUUGACCUGGGAGGUGGAAAGCGAAUCCGAGGGAUCUGGAAGAAUUACUAUGCUGAAUCCUAUGGGGUAAUAUUUGUUGUGGAUUCCAGUGAUCUGGACAGAAUGGAAGAGACAAAAGAGACCAUGUCAGAAGUUCUAAAGCAUCCUAAGAUAUCAGGGAAACCUGUAUUAGUGUUAGCAAAUAAGCAAGACAAAGAAGGCGCAUUGGCAGAAGCAGAUGUAAUUGAGUGUCUGUCUCUUGAGAAGCUGGUCAAUGAGCACAAAUGCCUGUGCCAGAUUGAGCCUUGUUCUGCUGUUAUGGGCAGCGGGAAAAAAAUUGACAAAUCUAUAAAGAAAGGUUUAUUUUGGCUGUUACAUAUUAUAGCUAAAGAUUUUGACUCCUUAAAUGAACGGAUCCAGAAAGACACCACAGAGCAAAAAGCAUCUGAAGAACAAGAGAAACGAGAACGAGCUGAACGAGUGAGGAAGAUAAGAGAAGAAAGAGAACGGAAAGAGAGAGAAGAAGCUGAAUGUGAAGGAAGGAGCAUAUCGGAUGAAACUGACUCUGAGACAAUCACUGGCAACCCAUUUCAGCCUAUAUCGGCUGUAAUCAAUGAGAACAAAAAGAAAGUUGAAAAAGAGAAGAGGCAGAGGGAGGAGAACGAAAAGGAUGCCAUCGCCUUGAAGCUUAAAACCGAUCAAGAGCAAAUGGAGACUGAGAGCAUGAACAGUCAGCAAUCAAAUGACUGUAGGCUAGUAGACAGUUAUAAAGCUGCCAUAACACAACGGUUGGAACAUGAAGAUGAGAAUGACCAGCAGAUCUCAGAAAGUCUUGAUUCUGGGGACAAUGCCACCCUGAAUUCAGGAAUAGAGAACAGUAAAAAGAAACCAAAGAAACUAAAAUUAAAAAGGAGUCACCGAGUAGAACCAGUCAAUACUGAAGACAUAGUUUCCCCAAAUCCUACACCAGUAGCACCUCUUGCACCAGUUGGCUGGGAAACCCCUAAAAUUAACAGAAUUCGAAAACUUGAGCCUCUUGGUGAAACACGUCGUAAUGGCGUAUAAACAGAAGAAGGCAAGAGAAAAGACAGAAUAAAAGAGAUUUCUACGGGAAGCCUCUGCCUCCACUGACAAUACGGCAAAGACCUAACAGUGAUUCCCAUGACGUCAUUUCUUAACCAGGAGCCAUGCAGCAGCUUUAAAA